UGCCCUGUGGCUUGGCGCAUGGCUGUGUGGGUCCUGGGAGGCCGCCUUGGCCUUCGCGGGUCCCUCGGGGCCGGCAGGCUACUUUGUCCCCGUUUCCAGAGCCGCGGUCCCCCGGGCGUGGAAGACGGGGACAGGCCACAGCCUUCCUCGAAGACACCCAAGAUCCCCAAGAUUUACACCAAAACAGGAGACAAAGGGUUCGCUAGCACCUUCACUGGAGAAAGGAGACCCAAAGACGACCAGGUGUUUGAAGCCUUGGGAACUACAGAUGAAUUAAGUUCAGCUAUUGGGUUCGCUAUGGAAUUCAUCGCAGAGAAGGGCCACCCAUUUGCGGAGGAGCUUGAGAAAAUCCAGUGCUCCCUGCAGGACGUCGGCUCUGCCCUGGCGACACCUCGAUCCUCAGCCAGGGAGGCUCAUUUAAGACACACCACAUUUGAGACGGGGCCCAUCCUGGAGCUGGAGCGUUGGAUCGACAAAUACUCCAGCCAGCUCCCCCCGCUCACCGCUUUCAUUCUGCCUUCGGGAGGCAAGAGCAGCUCUGCGCUGCAUCUCUGUCGGGCCGUGUGUCGCCGAGCUGAGAGACGCGUGGUGCCCCUUGUCCAGAUGGGUGAGACGGAUGCAAACGUGGCCAGGUUCUUAAACAGACUCAGCGACUAUCUCUUCACGUUAGCCAGAUAUGCAGCCAUGAAGGAGGGGAGUCAAGAAAAAAUAUACAAGAAAAAUGACCCGUCGGACUGAACCUGAGGCCCUUGGAAAUAAUGGAAAGGGGGAGCUUUGUCGACCCCUCCAUGGUGACCCAGCGGGGAAAAGAAGAGUGUGCCCUUGGCGUCCUGACCACGAAGGCCUCACCCGGGGCGCUCAGCUGGUCCUUUGUCGAGACUCCUGGCCCUGCCAGACCCCUGCCCCUCUCCAGGAGCUGCGGCUGCCGGAGGGCUGUGCCUGCGCCGGGCUCCCGUGGGCCUGGAGGGCCUGGGGUGAGUUCAGUAUUGCAGAGAGAAAGGUGAAGUGAUUGUUGUAAAGAGAAGGAGCCACACAGAAAAAAGAAUAAA